AUGGCCGGGUUGAAGAGAAAGGCAGUCACUAUGGAGGCCGAAUCGACGUCUACGUCGCCAUAUAUCCCUGUUUUUGAACAGUUUCGUUCAGAGUUGGACGAGCAUCAUGAUCGGAGGGAGAGGACGAUCAAGGCGUCGAGAGAUAUCACAGCUCAAUCCAAGAAAAUCAUCUUCGCUCUGCAGCGAACACGAGAACUCGGCAAACCCAUACACGGGUCGAUAACGAAGCAGACGAAGGGAAUGUACGACACGAUCAAGGAGCGCUUUGAGAGCAUCGUACCUGACCUCCAAGGCAUCAAUGCCAACCGCUACCAGUACAACAUCUCCGGUGGCAUCCAGGAGUACAUGGAAGCGAUACUUUUCCAGCACUACCUCGAAACCCAAAAGCUAAUGACACACGCUGAAGCCGCAUCCACGCUCCCCGAAGGCAUCAAACUGACCCAAUCAGACUAUCUGCUUGGCAUCUUUGACAUGACUGGCGAGCUGAUGCGGUUCUCGAUCACUUACAUGGCAACCAAUGGCAAGCUGCCAGGCGGCGACUCACUUGAGCAGUCAGUCCUCGCAGACAUGCAGGCGUUACGGGGUUACCUGGAGGGCUUAAAUGCCGCCGGUAACCGCGAUCUGAAGGAUUUCGACAAUAAGCUACGGGUGACGAAGCAGUCAGUCGAGAAGGUUGAGAACAGUGUCUACAGUAUGCUUGUACGAGGGAAAGAGAGACCUAAAGGCUGGCGACCUGAUGCCGGACCGGCUGAUGGGAGACGAGACGUUGAGGAGAUCGAAAGCUACUGA